AAAGCAGAACGGUAGAAAAAAGGGGUGGACCCGGUGGAGAGACAUGUAUGAUAUAUCUAGGAUGAAAAGAUACAGAGGGGGAGGGAAAACAGUGAGCGAGAGAGUAAGAUUGAAAGUGAGAGAGACCAUGCUGUUUAGGUAAACAACAAGCCUCAGUGUCUUUCUUUCCAUGCUUGGACUGUCAGCGUUCUGGACUGAGCCACUCUUCAUACGGGAAAAACAUUGGAGAGAGAGAGUGUCUGUGUGUGUGCAGCCUGAAUGAACGCUGGCUUGCUCUGCGCAGUCUCUCCGAGCUCGUCUUGCGCUCUUUCUGCCUCAGUCUGAGGACCGACACAUCCUCUCCCCUCUCGCUGCUGCUUUGCCCUGGAUCACCUUUGGCCUCCAUGAGUGCAACUGAGGAAAUCCAGCCUCUCCCUGGAAGAUGGGAAAUACCUCGGAAACUACCCUUUUUGUUUCCAGAAUCCCAAAGGAACAAGAUGUCUUCAUGGGUUCCAUAUACACAACCUUCUGUAUUCUGUCACUCUUGGGAAAUGGCAUCCUGCUCCUUGUUGCGUAUCGUAAGAGAUCAUCUCUGAAGCCGGCAGAAUUCUUCAUCAUAAAUUUAUCUAUUAGUGACCUUGGAAUGACAGUUACACUCUUUCCCUUGGCGAUUCCAUCAGCCUUUGCUCACAAGUGGUUGUUUGGAGAGCUGACAUGUUUAUGCUAUGCUGUAUGUGGCGUCCUCUUCGGCUUAUCCAGCCUGACAAAUCUCACCGCUCUGUCAUCCGUCUGCUGCCUCAAAGUCUGCUUCCCAAACUAUGGAAACAAAUUCUCCUACUCUCAUGCCUGUCUGAUGAUUGUGGGGGUGUGGUGCUAUGCCAUGGUGUUUGCUAUGGGUCCCUUGGCAAAUUGGGGUCAGUAUGGCCCUGAACCCUAUGGGACAGCAUGCUGCAUAGACUGGUAUGCACCAAGCCAGGACGCUCUGUCCAUGUCCUAUAUUAUCUGCCUCUUCCUCUUCUGCUAUGCGCUGCCUCUUACCAUCAUCCUAAUCUCCUACAUCCUGAUCCUCAUCACCGUACAAGGGUCACGGCAGGCAGUACAGCAACACGUGUCGCCACAGACCAAGACAACAAAUGCACACAUCCUCAUUGUGAAGCUCUCUGUGGCGGUAUGCAUUGGUUUUCUGAUCGCCUGGAGCCCCUAUGCUGUUGUGGCAAUGUGGGCUGCAUUUGGAGAACCAAAUAACGUCCCACCUUUAGCCUUUGCUUUGGCAGCUAUCUUUGCCAAAUCCUCCACAAUCUACAACCCCGUGGUGUACCUGGUAUUUAAGCCCAACUUUCGUAAAUCUCUGAGCAGGGACACAGCUCAGAUUCGCAGACGAAUAUGUUCCAGCCCAUGUAAGGGAAGCCCUGUGCCUGGACAAAAGGAUCUUCAACAGCAAACAUCUCUACGCUGCAACAAGGAUGCUAGCAACUCCACUCGCCUCUCCAAUGGCCUGGCAGACAGCCAUGGGGCUUGUCUUCAUUGCACCGAGGCGGACCCUCGAUGUCAACAGACCACGCCUCAAAGGACUGCCUGUGUGCUGAUUGGUACAUCCUACAGCGAGGUGACUGUGAGUCAGAUGCCGGAGAAGAUGCAAGCUGACCUUCUGUGAAGGCCCUGCAGGCUCUC